AUGAAUGCGCCACAGACUCUCCUGCGCAGUCUGCGCAUUUCGAAACAAGUGCCUCGCUGCACAAGACUCACCAAUUCAGUUCCGCCAAGGAGGAACUUCACCACCUCUUUCUUCCGUCGCAAAAAGCAGCAGCCCUCAGCCGAUGACCCAGAAUUCGUCUCUGUUCUAGAUGGCCCGCCCCAGCUUGUUCGUGUGGGAAGACGCCAUGGACCUGGUUUGAUUAUCCUCGCUAUCAUCCCCGUUACAGCCUUCAUCCUGGGAACAUGGCAAGUCCAACGCCUGGGCUGGAAAUCGGACCUCAUCGCCAAAUUCGAAGACCGUCUCAUCCGCGACCCACUACCCCUUCCACCUACCAUUGAUCCCGAUGCCAUCCACGACUUCGACUAUCGCCGCGUGAUAGCAAAAGGUCAUUUUAGACAUGACCAGGAGAUGCUCAUUGGGCCGCGCAUGCGUGACGGUACAGAUGGAUAUAUGGUAGUAACACCACUGGAGCGUGAGAAUGGCACAACAAUUCUGGUGAAUCGAGGCUGGAUCGACAAGAAGCACAGAGACAAGAGGACAAGACCUGAUGGAUUACCAACCGGCGAGGUCACCGUGGAGGGGCUCUUAAGAGAGCCUUGGAAGAAGAAUAUGUUUACGCCCGAGAACCAGCCCGAGAAAGGCAUGUUCUAUUUCCCAGAUGUGAAGCAGAUGGCUGCGUUGACCGGUAGUCAGCCUGUCUGGGUGGAGGCUACUAUGGAACCCGAAUUCAUGCAAAUGGUUGACUGGGAAUCUCGAGGUAUUCCUUAUGGUCGACCCGCAGAGGUUAACCUGCGAAACAACCAUGCCCAGUAUAUCUUUACCUGGUAUGGUCUGGCCUUCGCAACCUCCAUCAUGCUUUGGAUGGUAGUUAAGAAGCCCGCAAAUGACGUUGCUCGUCGUGUAGCCCGCUCAAAGGGUCUGUAA